UUCAACGAUGAAAUAUCUCUAGCAUUCUGCCUCAACAGUAUUUAUUUACCUUCAACAGAAUUUUUCCAACCAUGCUUAUCACAAGGGCAACCUUGUCUUGCAUUGCUGAUGAGAAUCAAGAGCCUGGCCAGGAUGAUGGACGGGAGGUUCAGCAACCGUGUCCAUCAACAAAUGUUUUUAAUGACCAUUUGCAAGGAAUCAUUGAUCCCAGCCUUGUAUCCCUAGUUAAAGUUAUCCAGGAAAUCCACACUGGGGCUACCGAUGGUAAUGGAGGUUUUGCCACGUGGCAGAACAACUCAGCACUGCCAGUAGUUUCAACUACCAGUAUCGAUGAAGCUCCACCCAAUGCAGCCGAUUCUACCCAAGGUUAUGUCACCAUGGUAGACCUUAUUGCUCUCUUGGAUAGGGAACAUUCCAAACAUGGAACAAUGCCAAAGGAGAUUUUGUCCAAACCAUACCUAAAGAAAUAUGAAAGUCCUACAUUCUUGCAGUACAAUGGAAGGAAAGGCAGUGUUGUGGAGCACGUCAGCAAGUUCCUUGAUGCCAUGGGGGCUCACAUUGGUGAUGGAGAUUUGUGUCUACAUGAGUUCUCAAAGUCUCUCUCCGAUAAAGCUUAUACAUGUGAAGAGCGCAUCACCAUCCUUGAUCUCCACAACACCUGCAAAUGCACUGGUGAAGAUUUAAUGGUCUAUGUGAAAAGAUUCAGGGAUUUGGCACUUGAUUGCUAUGGUGGCAAUGUUAAAUCUUUCUUAGUGGAAAUUUGCAUCAACAAAAUGUUUCCGGCAUAUCACGUUGUCCUUGAAAACAUCGGGAUCAACCAGUUUGCAGGGCUACUCGAUGCCGCCAGGAGAACAACUAUUUCUGUCAAAGCCAUCUCUACUUGGAAAUCUACAGCGAAAUCGACAAAAAAGAAAACCACUGCUCACACCUUGGCUGUCUUUGUCUGAGGCCAAGGACAAGGACAGAAAAGGAGAGAUCGUGACACGGCGCCGCCACCACCUAUUCCUCUCACUAUCGAAGAACUUAGCGUGCUCUUAGAUUAGUGGAUUGCUGAUGAUGCCAUCACACUACCCCAAGUACUGUUGCUACCAUUGCUUUGUCCACCAUGUGACCAUGGACUGUUUUUCCUUAAGAAAUAUGUAUCAUUGAU